AUGAGUGAUAACAGCAAUACUACUUCUACUACUUCAACAACAUCAAGAAUAGUUGAAUCAUUUCAAUCAUGGAUUAAAAAUAUACCAUUUAUAACUAGAAUCAUACUCUAUACAUGUGUUACUUUAUUUCUACUUGAUAGUGUAUUAUCAUUCUUUCCAACCGUAUUAUGUUAUCUUUCAUUUAAUAUUUAUGAAUCUUGGAGAUUAAUAACAUCAACAUUAUUUCAUAUAAAUUUAUUACAUUUAUUAUUUAAUAUGAUGGCAUUUAUACCAUUCUCUACAUUGCUUGAAAAUAGUUGUGGUAGUGUAUUGUAUGGUUAUUUAAUGUUGGUGUUUAUGAUUACUUCAUCAUUGAUGGCUGUCAUUAUAUCAAAUACAAUCUAUUGGAUUGAUCCAACUGCCAUUUCCUAUUCAUGUACUAUUGGAUUAUCAGGUGUUGUAUUUUUAUUGGUUACUGUCAAUUGUCAUUGGGUUACUACACCUAGAUCAUUUAUACUAUUCCCACAAUCAAGUUUUAUUGGUCAUCUUGGUGGUAUAGUGGCUGCUUACAUUUAUCUAUAUAGAUAUUUAGAUAUUAUAAUGCCAUCUGAUCAUUUAAUCAUUUCAAUUCAAUCCUCAAAUCAUUUACAAUCAAUUGUAAAUUUAAAUUAUUUUAUUUCUUUUAAUCCUUUAAAUUUACAUUUUAAUAAUAAUAGUAAUCAAAAUUUAGAUAAUGGUACUAAUAAUAAUAAUGGUUAUUUUUCAAGAAUAUCUUCUUAUUUUCAACAACAACAACAAAAUAAUAAUAAUAAUAAUAACUCUACUACUUUUAAUGGACAAGGUAGAAAAUAUUGA